GUUCCUUUGCUUCAGCUGCAUUGGGAUCGCAUCUCCCUUGUUCUGUCCUCAUCUGUGAUCUGUAAGGUGGUGGGAGCUGCAGGCGGGACUCGGGAGGCCCAGGAACUAGAAAUGGACUCAGUGGCCUUUGAGGAUGUUAAUGUGGAGUUCACCAUGGAGGAGUGGGCUUUCCUGGAUCCGACCCAGAAGAAACUCUACACAGAUGUGAUGCUGAAAACCUUCUGGAACCUGGCAUCAGUAGCAUGUAUUUUAGAAGAAAAAUGUGAAGGCCAUGUCAGUGAGGAUCAGUAUGAAAAUCAUGGGAGGAAUCUUAGCAAUCAUAUGGUAGAGAGACUCUGUACAAGGAAGGAUGGUUGUCAAUGCAGAGAAAACUUCAGCCAGAUUCGAAAUCAUAAUGAGAAGAAGGAAAUUCCUACUGAAAUAAAACAACCUAAAUCCAGGUUGUGUAGGCAAAUCUUCAUGCGUUAUUUAUCCUUGAAUAACCACCUGAGCUCUCACAUUGGACCCAAACUAUACCUGUGUCAGGAAUAUGAAGAAAACUCUUAUAAAUGUAAGGAACCUGAGAAAGCUUUCAAGCCUCACCAACAUAUUCAAAGACAUGAAGGCAGUCCCAGUGGGAAAGCUUUCCACUAUUCAGCUUCCCUUAGAAAUCAUGAAAGAAUGCAUAACCCUGGGAAACUGUAUGAGUGUAAGCAACUUCACAAAAACACUCAUAGUGGAGAGAAACCAUAUCAGAGUAAGCAAUUUGGCAAAGCUUUCAGUUCUUCCAAGUACUCUGGAGAAAAUGAAAGAACACACAUUGCAGAAAAGCCCUAUCAAUGUAAGAAAUCUGGCAAAGCUUUCAGUUCCACUUCUCUUAGAAAUCCUGAAAGAACACAUCCUGGUGAGAAACCUGAUGAAUAUAAGGAAUGUGGGAAAAUCUUCAGUUGGCUCAGCUCUCUUGAAACACAUAAAAGAAGUCAUGACAGAAAGAAGCCUCAUGAAUGUAAGGAAUGUGGUAAAACAUUUUCUUAUCCCUCUUUCCUUAGAAUUCAUGAAAUAAUUCAUACCCGGGAAAAACCCUAUGAAUGUAAGCUUUGUGGUAAAGUUUUCUCUUAUUCAACUUCCCUCCAAUAUCAUAAAAUAACUCAUAGUGGGGGAAAACCCUAUGAAUGUAACCAAUGUGGGAAAGCCUUCAGUUUUCCCAGCUCUCUUGCAAGACAUAAAAGAAGUCAUGAUGGAAAGAAGCCUCAUGGAUGUAAAGAAUGUGGUAAAACAUUCUGUCAUCCCUAUGCCCUGAUAAAACAUGAAAGAACUCAUAUUGGGAUAAAACCCUAUGAAUGUAAUCAAUGUGGUAAAGUUUUCAAUAUCCGAUCUUCCCUCCGACGUCAUGAAAGAAUUCAUACUGGGGAAAAACUCUAUAAAUGUGAGCAUUGUGGCAAAACUUUCUUUGAUCUAGGUGACCUCCAACGUCAUGAAAGAAUUCAUACUGGGGUAAAACCCUAUGAAUGUGAGCAUUGUGGUAAAGGUUUCUCUUAUCCAGAUUCCCUCCGAGAUCAUGAAAGAACUCAUACUGGGGAAAAACCAUAUGAAUGUAAGCAAUGUGGGAAAGCCUUCAGGUAUCCAAAGUCCUGUCGAAGUCAUGAAAGAAUACAUACUGGGAAAAAGCCCUAUGUAUGUCAGCAAUGUGGUAAGCAUUUUAGAUUUUCCACAUCUCUUAGAAAUCAUGAAAAAAUGCAUUCUGGGGAGAAACCCUAUGAAUGUAAGCAAUGUAGGAAAACUUUCAGAUAUUCCGCUUCUCUUCGAAAUCAUGAAAGAAUGCACACUGGGGAGAAACCCUAUGAAUGUAACGAAUGUGAGAAAGCCUUUUUUUCUACCAAAUGUCUUAGAGAACAUGAAAAAACUCAUUAUGGAAAGAAGCCUCAUGAAUGCAAGGAAUGUGGUAAAACGUUCCUUUAUCCCUCUUUCCUUAGAAAUCAUGAAAGAAUGCAUACUGGGGAAAAACCCUAUGAGUGUAACCAUUGUGGUAAAGCUUUCUCUUAUUCAACUUCCCUCCGAUGUCAUGAAAGAACUCACAAUAAGGAAAGACCCUAUGAAUGUAAGCAAUGUGGGGACAACUUUCUUCAUUCCAGUUCCCUUCAAAUUCACAAAAAUACCCAUAGUGUAGAGAAAUCAUAAUAAAUGAAGGAACUCACACUGAAAAUAAGCCCUAUCAUGUAAAGAUUGUAGAAAAGCCUUUGACCAUCCUAAUUUUUUUUCUUUUUUUAUCCUCACCUGAGGAUAUUUUUCCUUUGAGAGACUGGAAAUUAGAGAAAAAGACAGAGCAAUAUUGAUGUGACAGAAACACAUCAAUUGGUUGCCUUCUGCACACACCCAGACAUUUAAGCACACACAGUGGAGAAAAACUCUAUGAAUGAAAGGAUUGUUGUAAAGCUUUCACUUUCUCCAAGUCUCUUAGAAAGCAUGGAAGAACACAUACUGGGGAAAAACCUUAUGAUGUAAGCCAGGGGUGGGCAAACUUUUUGACUCGAGGGCCACAAUGGGUUCUUAAACUGGACCGGAGGGCCGGAACAAAAGCA